CCACUUUUCUCCAUCCAAACUCAUCAUACUCCGCUUCUCUCUCAUUCUGCCUCUUCUUUAACUUCCCCCUCAGCCUCACCUUAGCUACAACCACACUAGUCACCUACUACCUUAAAACUUGUCAGAAUUAAUCCACCAUGGUCAUUUCUGCAGAGAUAUCCCCAUCCUCUCUUGCACAUUGUCAUGAUGACAACGCAAAGGCUUUGCAGUUCAUUGAAAACAUGACCCGAAACACUGACACUGUCCAAGACAAAGUCCUUGCUGAGAUUUUGGCCCAAAACGCCCACACCGAGUACCUCAAACGGUUUCAGCUCAAUGGAGCCACAGACCGUGACACUUUCAAGUCCAAGGUUCCUGUCGUUUCUUACGAGGAUUUGAAACAUGAUAUCCAACGCAUUGCUAACGGUGACCGCUCCCCUAUCUUGUGCGCUCACCCAAUCUCUGAGUUUCUCACCAGUUCUGGAACAUCUGCUGGGGAGAGAAAAUUGAUGCCAACCAUUGGUAAAGAGAUGGACCGUCGCCAAUUACUUUACAGUCUUCUCAUGCCAGUGAUGAACCAAUACAUGCCUGGUAUGGACAAGGGUAAGUCCCUCCUCUUCCUCUUCAUCAAAGCGGAGACGAAGACUCCAAGCGGGUUAGUGGCACGUCCAGUGCUGACAAGCUACUACAAGAGCGAGCAGUUCAGAAACAGAGCCUACGACCCAUACAACGUGUACACAAGCCCAGACGAAGCCAUCCUCUGCCCCGAUUCCUUCCAAAGCAUGUACACCCAAAUGCUAUGUGGCCUCAUCAUGCGCCACGACGUCCUCCGAGUCGGAGCCGUCUUCGCAUCGGGCCUUCUCCGCGCCAUCCGCUUCCUCAACCUCAACUGGGCCCAACUGGCCCACGACAUCUCCACCGGAACCCUAAACCCCAAAAUCACCGACCCCGCCAUAACGGACCGCAUGGCCCAGAUCCUCAAACCCGACCCGGAACUCGCUGAUUUCAUUGCCAAAGAAUGCUCCGGAGAGAAUUGGGAACGCAUAAUCACCAGAAUCUGGCCAAACACAAAAUACCUCGACGUCAUUGUCACUGGCGCCAUGGCGCAGUACAUUCCAACUCUGAAUUACUACAGCGGUGGCUUACCUCUCGUUUGCACCAUGUACGCUUCCUCCGAGUGCUACUUCGGGCUUAACCUCACCCCAAUUUGCGACCCCUCCGACGUCUCCUACACCAUCAUGCCAAACAUGGGUUACUUCGAGUUCAUGCCUCACGAUGACGAUGCGUCUUCCACUUUCACUUCCACUUCCACUUCCACCCCUUUAAUCGACCUCGCCGACGUGGAGCUGGGAAAAUCCUACGAGCUGGUGCUGACAACAUACUCGGGUCUAUGCCGUUACCGUGUGGGCGACAUCAUAGAAGUGGCGGGGUUCCACAACAGCGCGCCGCGGUUCCGCUUCGUGAAGAGGAAGAACGUGCUUCUGAGCAUCGACUCGGACAAAACGGACGAGGCGGAGCUGCAGAAGGCGGUGGAGAGCGCCUCCGUGGUGUUGAGGGAGUUCGAGACGAGCGUGGUGGAGUACACGAGCUUCGCCGACACGAAGUCCAUCCCGGGGCACUACGUCAUUUACUUCGAGCUUUUGAUGAAGGACUCGCGUGACGGUCGUCGACCCACGUGCGAGGCUUUGGAGCGGUGCUGUUUGAGCAUGGAAGAGUCGCUUAACGCGGUUUACCGACAAGGCAGGGUGGCGGACCACUCGAUUGGGCCGUUGGAGAUUCGCGUGGUGAAGAGUGGCACCUUCGAGGAGCUUAUGGACUACGCCAUCUCGCGCGGCGCCUCCAUUAACCAGUACAAGGUGCCGCGCUGCGUCACCUUCACGCCCAUAACGGAGUUGCUGGACUCCAGGGUGGACUCCGUUCAUUUUAGCCCCGCGCUACCGCACUGGACCCCGGAACGUCGUCGUUGAAGGGCCGCACACUAACACGUGCAUGUGCAUGCACACGCACGUGCGCGGUAAUUAUUAAAUAAAGCCGGGGAAAAAGAGAUUGAAAGGAAUGGGUUGAUUUGAUGUUAUGUAGCUUUCUCUUUUCGUUUUGGCCCUGCCUUUUUCUUACGUUUCUGUGUUUUGCUUUUUCGUUUCUGUCUGUCAAAUAAGCUCAAAUGCCACUGUGAUCCAAUUGUCCUAUGCAUGUUUGUCUUUCCAACUACGGUCACCAUCAUGCACGUGCACGCUUUUAAUUAGUUUAUGUAUCUUCCAUAAAAUUAAUGUUGUUCUUACAUUUUAAUCA